UUACCGUUGUCUCCCCCUGCUGGUGAUGCUUUUGCAGCCUGUUCGGUGCCUCUAUAACUGCUCCUCUGAAUAUCAAAGGACCCCAGAAAACUCAGACCUAAUGGUUCAAUGUGGCACCAGCAAGAUUACCCUGGACAUCAACCUAUGCACAGUUCAGUGGGCUGGCUUCAAUGCCACAGAGCUAGCACUGAAUGGGCAGUACAGUAAUACAGCGUGCCAGGGCUCUGUGGACACCAGUGUGAACCCUCCGGUCGUCCAUUUCCAGCUUCCUGUCAACCAGAGUCAGGAUAACUCCUGUCGCCAGUCUCUGCAGAUUGUAGAUGAAAAUCCAGACCCUUCAGGUCCCUUCAGCAGCUUCUCGAGUAUCCAGGCAGUUAUUGUUACAGGAUACAUUAACACACCUAGAUCUGACCAGGGGCUGAUCAGCUACUCCACAGAUCUCUAUUACCACUUCUCCUGCCGAUAUCCACUGCAAUACCUUUUGAACAAUACACAGAUUACAGCCUCCUCAGUCUCUGUGGCAACCAGCAACAAUAAUGGGACCUUCAUCGAUUCACUCAAAAUGAGUGUUUUUAACGACUCUAACUAUAACUAUCCGUUAGUGGUGCCUCCACCAGGACUUGAGCUGCGAACCAAGUUAUAUGUGGAGGUCAAGGCUGAUAAUCUGACACAAAAUUUCAAUUUACUCUUGGAUCGUUGUUUUGCUACUCCAACUCCUUACAAUAUGCCACAGAGCGUGCAGUAUGACUUCUUCACUGGCUGCAAUAUAGCUAACAGGACGACUGUGACGAGCAAUGGCGUCUCCACGGUUGCCCGGUUUAACUUUGAGGCCUUCCGCUUUGUUCAGCACCAUGACCAGGCAAAGUCCAGCAUCUAUGUGCACUGCAUGCUGAGACUCUGUGAGCCUAGCAAAUGUCAACAAAUUCAGAAUUGUGCUAAUAACAGAAGAAAAAGGUCUUUGGUUCCUUUUGGUAAAGAAAGCAGCGAAUCAACUACCAUUUCAGUCGGACCUCUUUACAUGGCUAAAGACUCUCCCAAUGCAGAAGACAGUAAUACCGUGACUUCAGGCAGCGAUGGCCAUAACAUGACAGGCCUGACUAUGCGCCUGCUGUCCUGCUGGGUCUUGGUGGCUGGUUUGUUCUGAAGCUGUUUAAUUGCACUGGACUGACAGAUCAACCAGCCAAUUCUCUUUGCAUUGUCACCUUGUACAAUGCUGAAGCUGCAUAGUGCUGUAGAUUGUGAGGUAAAAUCUGAUAAUGUUGUAGUUUUCAUCCUAUUAAAUAUAAUUUUGUAUCCAUACUUAGUUGUCAGUUGUGAAGGGAAAGUCAAACUUGAACUGUAAAGCAAUUAAAAAACAAGUAAUUCUGAUAUUUUAUGGCAAUAGAAAUAAAUUUUGAUUAUACUUGUCUACAAGAUGUUUUUUCUGUAAGAUGUCUUCUAUAGAAUCUCAACUGCUUAUAA